AUGAACACCGCCGCUGCCGCUGCUGCUGGUGGAGGUGGAGGAACAGGCUCCAGCCUAGCUAGAGCAAUCAUUAUUGUCACCGGUGUCUCAGCUCUAGUAGCUUCACUACUCUCUAUUGUCAAAAACUAUCGAAAGCCCCUUCUUCAGAGAUAUGUUGUGCGCAUUCUUUUGAUGGUGCCAAUAUUCGCGGCAGCUUCAUGGACGAGCAUCGUAUCCCUGACUGCAGCUCAGUUUCUUGAUCCGAUCCGUGAUAUCUAUGAGGCAUUCACUAUUUACACAUUCUUCCAGCUGCUCAUCAAUUUCCUUGGUGGUGAGCGGGCAGUAAUCAUUAUGGCCCAUGGCCGCCCACCGAUCUCCCAUGCUUGGCCACUUAACCAUUUCCUGCCGAAGGUUGAUAUCUCCGACCCGCAUACUUUCUUAGCUGUCAAACGUGGCAUCCUGCAGUAUGCCUGGUUGAAGCCCAUUCUGGCUCUCGCAUCUAUUGUGAUGAAAGCCACCGAUACAUACCAUGAAGGAUAUUUGGAUAUCGGAUCUGGCUAUUUGUGGACCGGCCUUGUGUACAAUGCCAGUGUCACCCUCAGCCUGUAUUCCCUAGCAAUGUUCUGGGUGUGUCUGCACGACGACCUCUUGCCGUUCCGCCCUGUCCCCAAAUUCCUCUGUGUCAAACUCAUCAUCUUUGCUUCAUACUGGCAAGGAUUCUUCUUGUCGAUUCUGCAAUGGCUGGGGGCUCUUGGCAAUGGUGUCGCCGGGUACACCCCGGAUAAUCUUGCUGCCGCCAUCCAGGAUAGCCUGCUGUGCUUUGAAAUGCCUUUCUUCGCCAUGGCACACUGGUAUGCAUUCUCAUGGCAUGAUUAUGCUGAUCCCACAAUAUCGGCUGCCCGUAUGCCAGUGAAGUACGCGCUUAGAGACGCGUUUGGAAUCCUCGAUCUGAUUGAGGAUACAAAGAUCACACUCCGAGGAGAGAACUAUGACUAUCGGCUCUUUGAUUCAGGCGACAAUAUCAUCGCGCACGAGGAGUCCGAUUCCCGAGUUAAGCGAGUCAUGGAUGGAAUGCGGUACGAACGAGGAGGAAAGGCAAAAUACUGGAUUCCUAAGCCGGGCGAGACUAGCAAGCCUGGAGAGACUGAUAGUCGUACCCCGCUUCUCGCUGGCGGGGGGUCCAGUGCCCGAGACCGCAACGAGAGAGGCAGCCGUAGCUCUACCGAUCGAUACCGAUCAUAUAGUGAGAUCGCAAUCGCGCUGGACGACGACGAUGAACACUUGUUCGCCAAUGCGCGUGCACUGGAAUUUGGAGACUGGAAUUAUCCUGUCAUCACCGCGAACGAAGUCCCCCGAGAUCAACGGUUACCAAUAACCAGGGGCUACCAGGGCUCCAGUCAAUCGACCGAUGGCCCAGUGAAAAAGUCCCGCACACACCGAAAAGGCCGAGCGUCGGGCAGCGACAGCAGGCGGGAUCCUAAUUCCUCGCGCAAGUCCAGUAAGAGCUCCCGUGGGCCAGGUCCCUUGCAGCGCAACGCCAGCUCCACGAGCUCCCAACAGUCACAUCGCAGUCAGCUUGUCGACCUCGUGGUGGAGAAUGAAGAAGCCGAGGAGGAAGAUCGAGCUCAGGCACAACGGGAAACUGGUUCGGCCUGGAAAGCUGAAACCCGACACUACGAGAGACCAUCUGGACAACCAAUCGAAGAAGAGAGUGAACAGCCCGAACAGCCCGACCAGCCCGACCAGCCGGCUCAGGAACACGCAACGGAGCCGGUCCAGGGGCAAGCUGCCACGCGAUGGUAUAGUGCCCUGGAAGACGACAAUGAUGUGUGGGGCAAAUGA